AUGGAGACCUCGGGCACUUUUGAUUCUACCACCCCUUUCGAAUAUGACCUUGGCAGCUUGCUGUGUGAGAAUCAUGACAUCAAGUACACCAACUAUGUCACCGCCUUCUUGUACUCCCUGGUCUCCAUCCUCAGCCUCGUGGGCAAUAGCCUGGUGCUGUUGGUGCUGAUAAAGUUUGAGAACCUAGAGUCCCUCACCAACCUCUUCAUCCUCAACCUGUGCCUGUCUGACCUUGUCUUCUCCUGCUUGCUGCCCAUAUGGAUCUUGGACUUACACUCAAGCUGGAUGCUGGGAGAAUUUAUGUGCAAGCUGUUCAACAUGGCCUUCUCCAUCAGCCUCUAUAGCAGCAUCUUCUUCCUCACCAUCAUGACCAUCCACCGCUACCUGUCUGUGGUGAGCCCCAUCUCCAGCCUACGCGUCCACACCCUCCGCUGCCGCGUACUGAUGACCACGGCCAUAUGGGUGGCCAGCCUGCUGUCCUCCAUAGGCGACACCAUCUUCCACAAGGUGGUGUCAAAUGAUUGUAAGUAUUCAGAACAAUGGGCACAUCUGGCCUCAGUGUACCAGCACAAUAUUUUCUUCCUGCUCUCCAUGGCCAUCAUCCUCUUCUGCUACAUACAGAUCCUCAGAACCCUGUUCCGCUCACCAUCCAAACGUCGCCACCGGACGGUCAGGCUCAUCUUCACCAUCGUGACCGCCUACUUCCUCAGCUGGGCUCCCUAUAACCUCAUCAUGUUCCUGAAGACCCUGCUGAAAAUUGGGGUCAUCAAGAGCUGCCAGGUCAGCCAGCAGCUGGACUUGGCCGAGCUCAUCAGCCGCUAUGUGGCCUUCUCCCACUGCUGCAUCAAUCCCGUGCUCUACGUCUUCGUGGGGAUCAAGUUCCGCAGACACCUCAACACUCUCCUGCGGCAGUUCUCACUUUCCCAGCAACAGAUAUCUAGCCCGUCCCCACUCCCCCAGUCCCCAGGUGCCUUCAUCUAUGAGGGUGCCUCCUUCUACUGA